AGCGAGCAGAGCUGAAAAAGAUGGAGUUACCUGGAGAUGAGAUUUCUUUCUACGGAUAUGAAGGAUAGAAAUAUGCUAUUUGCUGCUAUUCCAUCUAUUUGUGCAUCAAGUCCGAAGAAGAUCUCAAUCUAUAAUGAAGAAAUGAUAGUAGCUCGUUGUUUUAUAGGCUUUCUCAUAUUCAGUCGGAAGAGUUUAGGUAAGACUUUCAAAGAAACUCUCGACGGGAGAAUCGAGUCUAUUCAGGAAGAAUUGCUGCAAUUCUUCAAUCCUAACGAAGUAAUUCCGGAGGAAUCCAAUGAACAACAACGAUUACUUAGGAUCAGCUUGCGAAUUUGCAGCACCGUAGUAGAAUCAUUACCAACGGCACGCUGUGCGCCUAAGUGCGAAAAGACAGUGCAAGCUUUGUUAUGCCGAAACCUAAAUGUAAAGUCAGCAACACUUCUAAAUGCCACUUCUUCCCGCCGCAUCCGUCUUCAGGACGAUAUAGUCACAGGUUUUCACUUUUCAGUGAGUGAAAGAUUUGUAUCCGGGUCUACGUUCAAAGCUUCUACCAUAGACCUAAUUCGAGAAGGCUUGAUAGUCCUAAGAAAGGUGAGGGUGGGGGGUUCUAUUUAGGAAGAAUAAGAAGAAUCUCAUUCAUGUGUUCAUGCUAACAGAAGAGCGGAUCCAAUACACAUAAGACUUUUUUUCAGGAAA